AUGAAACAGCAACUGACGACAUCCGCUGCUGCUCUUGCAUGCUUAUUAGGUGCUGUCACCACAUCAGCAUCAUCACCACCAACAGGCGCUGUCGUGCUGGAUAUGACUCGUGAACGCCCUCCUCCAUCGCUGGCCGACUUUGUAAAAACCUCUGUUUUAAAUCAUGUCGAAGAUACCUUGUCCUCGUUGCUCCCCCACAAGUGGUCGUACCGUGGUCCGCGAAUGCCAGAUCUGGAUGGACAUACGAACAGUCUUAUGCAAUUGGAUUCAGACCUAUCAACGCCAUCGUCCCCAGCGCUGCCUUCGUCAUCACCAUCAUCACCUUCGCACUCUUCUUCGAAACCAGCCAUUAAGACGACGACAACAUCGACUCAAAUGGCAAAUACCAUGUGGAGUUAUGUCAUUGAACUGGGCGUUGGAACGCCAGCACAAACGUUCAAAGUCAUCUUUGAUACUGGCUCGCCUGUCAUUUGGAUUCCGUCCGAUGAAUGCAAUGAUACUUCUGAUUGUCCAGGGGCUACUACCACCUUUGAGACGGAGAAAUCAUCUACUAAGAGUAUCGAAAAGGACAAUAUCAUCAUGGUCCACUAUGGAUCUGGUGCUGUAGAAGGCCACGUUGCACAUGAUACCAUUUCCUUUCAAGACACUCGGAUAGCUAACCAGUCGAUGGGUUUAGCAACCAAAGUGGUAGAUAAUUUGCUUACAGAUGGCAUCAACGGCAUUGUUGGGUUUGCACCCAAUCGAGGCACAUCCGAGUUCAAUACAAAACAUGAGACACUACUUACACCUAUGGACAAUUUGGUCAAGCAAAAAGCUGUUGAGCGUAACAUGUUUAGCGUGUACUUUCAGCCGCUUCGGGACCAUAAGGAUAUCAGUACCGUAGGAGGCAAACUGGCGCUAGGUGGAUUACUUCCUGAGGACACCUACCAAGGCGAAAUCCAAUGGAUUCCUCAAAUUGUCGAUGGCGAUUAUGCUGACUAUUGGACGAUUGGUUUAGAAAGCAUUAGCGUGGGCGAAGCUCAAGUGAGCAGCGCCGUUUCUAAAAAGCGACGAUCUCAAGCCUAUGGUAUUGUUGAUACAGGUACCACCAUGAUCGUCCUCAAACCACAAAUCGCAGCAAACGUGUACAAGAAUAUCAAGCAGGCCAAGUACAACGAAACACUCGAACUUUAUACAGUUCCAUGUAAUUCCCUCGAGGCUUUACCCAACGUGGAAUUCCAUUUCGCAAACGGCGUGAAGCUGAGCCUGACACCGCAGCAAUACACUGUGCCAGAAUGGCAGCUCGUUUACUGGGGAGCGUCCGAUUGUCCCCUAUAUAUUGUCAGCACGACAUUGGAUGAUGCCGAGGAAGCAGAGGAAGGCGGUUUAGACUUUAUUCUUGGUCAAAAGUUCUUGGAGCAUUAUGUAUCGAUCUAUGAUGGUGAUGACCACCGUGUAGGAUUCGCACAAGCCAAUCACCCAACUGUUGUAUAAAUAAUACAAAAAUAAAAUUCAAGUAUAUAGAGUAUUGUUGUUUCUUCUUUCUCGGGCUGCAUUUUACGCAUAUUUAAACUUCCUACGUGUAAAUAUCAACAUGGACAAUAGUAAACUGUGUGAUGCCCAUUGCCACCCUCAUGACGAUGUAGAGCACCUCGACAUGAUUCCCAAGUUGAAAACAGGCCACAUUACCAUCAUGGGGGUUCGUCAAGACGACUGGGAUCGCGUUGCCGAGGUAACCGCGCAAUGUGCCUCGGGACGUUGUAUUCCCUCAUUCGGUAAAGCAAUGCAUAAUAAAAGGUUACUGUAUUAACUUCAGUGGAGACAAGACUCAUU